AUGGCCAAUAAUGAAAAACGUGGACUCGAUGCCCUUAGGGAGAAAAUCUCCCUCUUGCCCUUGAAGGUAGUUGUUCAAAGUAAACUUCUAUCAAAGGAUGUUAGAGAUAUGAUUUCUCAUGAUGCUGAAUUUGCCCAACUUUUGUUCAAUCGUCAUAAAGACUCUUCUACCCAACUCAUCUAUACAGUAUUUGAUGGGGCAGAACGAAAAAGAUUCUUCAAAAUCUCCUUAAACCCAAUCACUCAAUCUGAGUCGUCUUUACCCGAAGUAAUUGAGAUUCUGGCCUCAUGUAAUGGUCUCAUUCUCAUUGAAUUUGAACGAGUUAGGUGUUACUGUGUUUUCAAUCCCAUGACUGAAGAGCACCAAUUGGUAUCAUACCCAAAUUCUUCUCCAAAUAAUAUAGAACAUGUAGGCCUAGCGGUUGAGUAUCCAAAUGCAGAUCGCUACAAAUUGGUAACCGUCCAUAAGUUGGAGGAAAAUUCCAACUUGUUCUACAAGUUUCACCUACUUUCAUCAGAGCAACCUGACGUGUGGCGUGAAAUCCAAGUGAGGACCAUUUCUUUCCUAUCUUCACUUGUUUGUGGUCCACAUGUUUAUUGGGGCGAUUCUCUGUAUUGGCUCAGAAAAGAUGGUAGUGUUCUGGCUUUUGAUACGAAGAGAGAAGAGGCUACACUAAUUGACCGUCCUGAGUUUCUUGAUCUCGAUUAUGGUAAAAUUUUAACUGGUCAGGACAUAUGGUUAGGGAUUGCACAAGGUUUACUUACCCUUGUAUGCAUUUUCAGAACGCGCAUAGACAUUGCUACUUUUGACAGUGCAAACAAAAGUUGGAACAUUUCCCGCACUUUGGACAACUUCGUUUUAGAUCAGGAAGGCAGUUUUAAGGGCUGUCCAGUCUGGAUCGACAGCAAGCAAGUGUCUUUUCUGGUACAAAAUCCCCAGACAUGGCACUAUGAUCUAUACGAGUAUGAUACUAAUACCAAUGUGUACCAAAAUGUUGCAGUGUUGCCUAUAAUUAAUACUUACAUGCAUUGCUUCCAUCCAACCUUAGCUUCUGUCCAUAGCACACCCUACAAUGAUGCAACGGAUGAUCAGCAGGCGCAUAUUGCUGCAAAUUUGAAUGACAUCAACAGAUUUAUCAUCGAAGAUGAAGAUGAAGAAUUAGAAGGAGGAGCAGACGAAGCAGCAGGAGGAGAAGAAGAUGAAGAAGCAGGAGGAGAAGAAGAUUGA